GAAGAUGAAGUGGAAAUGGCCACAGUGCGACAUCGGCCGGAAGCUCUGGAACUCUUGGAAGCCCAGAGCAAAUUCACCAAGAAGGAACUCCAGAUUCUGUACCGGGGGUUCAAAAAUGAGUGCCCCAGUGGGAUUGUUAAUGAAGAGACCUUCAAAGAGAUUUACUCUCAGUUCUUCCCACAGGGAGAUUCUACAACAUAUGCACAUUUUCUGUUCAACGCAUUUGACACAGAUCACAAUGGAUGUGUGAGUUUUGAGGAUUUUGUGAUGGGCCUUUCGAUUUUGCUCCGUGGGACAGUGCAGGAAAAACUCAACUGGGCUUUCAAUUUGUAUGAUAUAAACAAAGACGGCUGCAUAACAAAAGAGGAAAUGCUUGACAUAAUGAAGGCCAUCUAUGAUAUGAUGGGGAAAUGCACUUAUCCUGCUCUUCGAGAUGAUGCUCCAAAGCAACACGUGGAAACAUUUUUCCAGAAAAUGGACAAGAACAAAGAUGGCGUAGUUACCAUAGAUGAAUUCAUUGAAAGCUGUCAAAAAGAUGAAAACAUAAUGCGCUCCAUGCAACUCUUUGAAAAUGUCAUUUAGCCUCCAGCUGCUCUUCUCCCUUCAAUCACUGGACAAUACGAACAAUUCUGCAACAGCAACACCGAUCUCAGCGUUGCCACGUAGGAGCCAGAAUUCGUCAGCUUUGCACCGAGACGUCUAUAAUGCAAAUAAGCUUCGUUUUAAUUAAAGCCCACCUCACGAGACCGCAUUUCCCCCCCACUCGCCGAGGUAAAGCCGAGUCAUCCAACCAAAUGCUCUCGCCGUUGUUUUUGAAAUGUCACUUUGAGUCACAGAAGAACCCAAAGAGAACAGCA